CAUUGACCGCCGUUUGGACGUCUCUUUUUUUGUUAUUACGAAACAAGAAUUUCCUCGCUUUUAAUUUGAAAUUGUGAAAAACUGUACUUAAUAAGUUGGCUUAAGACUUUAAUUGUGACAUAUAUUAGCAAACGAAAGUGAUCCAGAAACGCUGAAUCAGGUUGAAAAAUGUCAAAACGUGAUGAUGAGGAUAAUCCGCCAACACCAUCGGACGAUGACUCCGAUUUUGAUGAUGACGAGGAUCCCGAUAAUUUGGAAGUGCCAGGUGGAGGGAAGACUCUCGCAGCAGCAGCGCGCCUGGCGGACAAGAAACCAAACCCCACACCAAUGCCGGUCACAAUCCGACCGACUACUUACCCCUUAGCUGCGGCAUCAGGCUUAGCUUUCGGACAGGUCGCUAACAUGAAACCUAUAAAGAUACAGGCCAGUCAGUUAGGCAAACCAUUAUCUCUAGGAGUUGGACGAGGAAUGGUAGCGGCUGGUGCGGCACCGUCACCGUCGCCGUUCGCGGCCGGCUCCUCUAUGGCCUUCAAUGCCGCCUCCCUGCUCGCGCAGAUGGAAACGGUCGGUAUCUCGGGUAUGAACCCGUACCUCCUGCAGAAUUUGAACCAGAUAUUGGCGUCCGGUGUGGGCGGACCCCUCGCUGGCAUGCUGGGCCAGUUCGCGCAGUUGUCGUCGUGGCCGCAGCCCAACGGCACCAUGUGGCAGCCGGAUAGGAUGCCCGGAGAAGAAGAAGAAGUAGACGAUGAAGACAUGGGUGUGGCCGAGACAUAUGCAGAUUAUAUGCCACUUAAACUGAAGCUGGGUCGCAAGCACCCGGACCCGGUGGUGGAGACGGCGUCGCUGUCGUCGGUGGAGCCGGUGGACGUGACGUACGCGCUGGGCCUGCCGGACUCAACGGUCCGCGGCGGACUUCUGUCCGCGCUGCAGCUGGAGGCGGUGGUGUACGCCGCGCAGGCGCACGAACACAUGCUGCCGGACGGCACGCGCGCCGGAUUCCUCAUAGGCGAUGGCGCCGGCGUGGGUAAAGGUCGUACGAUCGCGGGGAUCAUUUUCGAGAACUAUCUAAAGGGACGCAAGCGCGCCAUCUGGGUGUCCGUAUCGAACGACCUCAAGUAUGAUGCCGAACGAGAUUUACGCGAUAUCGGCGCUGGCAACAUAGAAGUGUAUCCGCUCAACAAGUUCAAGUACGCAAAGAUCUCGUCAGCGGUAAACGGUAACGUCAAAAAGGGCGUGGUGUUCGCAACGUACUCGUCGCUGAUUGGCGAGACGCAGUCCUCCGCCACCAAGUACCGCUCUCGUCUCAAGCAGCUGUUGCAGUGGUGCGGGGAAGAUUUCGACGGACUUAUCGUGUUCGACGAGUGCCACAAGGCGAAGAACCUGUGCCCAGUAGGGUCGGGCAAGGCCACCAAGACUGGCCUGACGGCGCUGGAGCUGCAGACUCGGCUGCCGCGCGCGCGCGUGGUGUACGCGUCUGCUACGGGGGCGUCCGAGCCUCGCAACAUGGCCUACAUGGUGCGGCUCGGCAUCUGGGGCGAGGGCACGCCCUUCCCCACCUUCAUGGACUUCAUCAACGCCGUCGAGAAGAGGGGUGUGGGCGCUAUGGAAAUAGUGGCGAUGGACAUGAAGCUGCGAGGCAUGUACAUCGCGCGACAGCUCUCGUUCCACGGAGUGUCGUUCAAGAUCGAGGAGGUGCCACUCUCAGAUGCCUUCAAGGAGACCUACGAUAAAGCCGUGGCACUGUGGGUGGAAGCCAUGCAACGGUUCACGGAGGCGGCCGAGCUGAUCGACGCGGAGCCGCGCAUGAAGAAGACCAUGUGGGGACAGUUCUGGUCGGCACACCAGAGGUUCUUCAAGUACCUCUGCAUCGCGGCCAAGGUAAAUCAUGCAGUGGUGACCGCCCGCGAAGCAGUGAAAUGCGGCAAGUGCGUCGUGAUCGGCCUGCAGUCCACAGGAGAGGCGCGCACUUUGGACCAGCUCGAGAGAGAUGAUGGGGAACUCACAGACUUUGUCUCCACUGCCAAGGGUGUGUUCCAAACACUGGUGGAGAAACACUUCCCCGCGCCGGACCGGAACCGCAUCAACCGGCUGCUGGGUCUGGAGCCGAACAAGCCGAAGCCGAAGCAGUUGCCGCCUCCGGUGACCCACAACGGCCGGAACGGACUGGACGACGAGGCCAACACGUCCAAGAGGAAACUGACGGCCCGUCAGCAAGCGAACCAGGCGGCGAAGAGAGCGCGAGGACGCUCGUCGUCGGACGAGUUCGUGCGCGGCUCCGACGACGACCUCGACGCGGAGCCCGACCACGACCGGGACCCCGACAGGGACUCCGACGACGCGCGCCGCUCCGACUCGGACCUCAGCGACUUCAACCCCUUCCGCGGCGGCAGCGACAGCGACGACGAUCCGUGGAUCGGUCGCAAAAAGAAGAUAGCCAAGAAGAAGAAGACAUCAUUGCCAAAGAAGAAGCCGGCCAGCACGCAGGACAAGAUCGAGACGAUGUUCGAGAGGAAGAACAACGCGCCGUCCACCGUCACCGUGACCACCGCCGGCCGCACCAUCUCGGGCACGCCCGUCGGGACCAACGGACUCUACCUCGGAGCGGCGCGCAGCCAGCCUCCACCGCGGUCGGCCAUCGAGCGAGCGUGCAGCAUGAAGGAACAGCUGCUGGCCGCCAUCGAGCGGCUCGGCCGCCGCCUGCCGCCCAACACGCUCGACCAGCUCGUGGACGAGCUCGGCGGCACCGACAACGUCGCUGAGAUGACUGGUCGCAAGGGCCGUGUGGUGCAGACAGAGGAUGGUCAGAUACUGUACGAAAGCCGGUCUGAAGCGGAUGUACCCCUCGAGACCCUCAACCUCACAGAGAAGCAGCGGUUUAUGGAUGGAGAGAAGGACGUGGCCAUCAUAUCUGAGGCGGCCUCCAGCGGUAUAUCACUUCAGAGCGAUAGAAGAGCUAGAAACCAAAGGCGACGAGUGCACAUUACGUUGGAGCUGCCGUGGUCGGCUGACAGAGCUAUACAGCAGUUCGGUCGCACGCACCGGUCGAACCAGGUGAACGCCCCGGAGUAUAUGUUCCUGAUCUCGGACUUGGCCGGGGAGCGGCGCUUCGCCUCCACCGUCGCCAAGCGGUUGGAAUCACUCGGGGCCCUCACACACGGAGACCGCCGCGCCACAGAGACCAGGGACCUCUCCCAGUUCAACAUCGACAACAAGUACGGUCGCACGGCGCUGGAGGCGGUGAUGAAGGCGAUCAUGAAGUACGAGUCUCCGCUGGUGGCGGCGCCGCGCGACUACGCCGGGGACUUCUUCCAGGACGUCGCCAGCGCCCUCGUCGGCGUCGGGCUCAUCGUCAACUCCGAGGCGGCCCCGGGCGUGCUCUCCCUCGACAAGGAUUACAAUAAUAUGUCAAAAUUCCUGAACAGAAUACUGGGCAUGCCAGUGGAUCUACAAAAUAGGCUUUUCAAAUAUUUCACAGACACACUCACCGCUGUUAUGGAGCAAGCGAAGCGGAGUGGUCGAUUCGACCUCGGUAUCCUGGAUCUCGGCAGUGCUGGUGAAUGCGUGCGGCGCGUGCGCUGCGUUCGAUUCCUACGGCGGCAUGCUACCGGACGCGCACCGGUAGAACUACACACAGUGCAUUCCGAGCGCGGCAUGGAGUGGAUGGAAGCGCUGGAGAAGUGUUCGGGCGGCGCCAACGCGCGAGACGGGUUCUACUUGUCGCAAGCCGCGCGCAACAACAAGUACACCGCCGUACUGUGCCUCGCUGCGCACUCGCACCUCGCCGCGCACAAGAAGGACAAACUCUCCAAGAAGGAGCAAAUGUUCCAGCUGUACAGGCCGAACACGGGGCUGCAGCUGCGGCUGGAGUCGCUGGCGGAGAUUGAGAAGAAGUACAAGAAGGUGGAGAGCGGCGAAGCAGAGUCGUGGUGGCGCGCGCAGUACUCGGCCUCAGUGCGGGUCUGCAGCCACGCCUACUGGCGCGGGGCCUGCCGGGGGGCCAACGACUGCGAGGUGGGCCUGCGGCGGCGCACGUACCACGUGCUGUCGGGCUCGGUGCUGGCCGUGUGGGCGCGCGUGGAGGCCGUGCUGGCGGCUCGCAGCGCGCUCAACAAGAUGCAGGUCGUGCGCAUCAAGACCGACCUCGGCCUCAAGAUCGUCGGUACAAUGAUUCCAAAGAAUUGCGUAGAACCACUGAAGGAGGCGCUGUCGUCCGACGCAGUGUCCGUCAACGAGCAGAACUUCGACCAGGCGGACGCGCCGAAAUGAGCGCUACAUUCGUAACUAUUAAGUCUAGAUUAGCGCGGACCCCACUCACAGUUCCUCUAUCUCUUUAUUUGCGUGUGGCCGGGACCUGCGGGCCCCGGGGAGGCGAGGAGGCGAGGAAUGGCCUUAGAACGGCGGCUCGUGCGUAGUCAAUUACGGGCGAAGCGACGCGGUACGACUGAUUUUUCUAUAGCUGGCUGUUGGACGUCUACGACUGUUGUGAUAUUACCAAUCAUCUCAUGUAGAGAAAUAAAAACACGUAGAAAUGUAAAAUGGACGAGGUCCAGCAAGAAAAGGAAGUAGAAAAUUAAAAUGAAUUGAAUUUGUCUAUGGUCUUUUUAUUUCUCUAGCUGGACCGCGACCGUCGACGUGUUCAGAUGCGACGUCGGUUGUGUGACGUGUAUAUUGAUUUAAGUGUACUCAAUGUGAGCUUUAUGCAUAUGUGCAUAAGUUGUUUUUUUAAUUACCUUCACACUCGGUAGUAUAUAAAAUUGUGACAGUUUUUAUUUUUUAAUUUGUUUCAAUGGCAAAGGCUCGUAGGUAUUCGGCUUCGGGCACGUUGUAUACGAAUCGAAUUUUAAUUUUUGUACAAAUAUCUAGUUAUUUAAUAUCAAAUUAUACAAGAAUUGUUUUUUUUUUAAUUAUUAUAAUUAACUUGAUUCCAACUGUAUAUCUGUAUGACAUAAUUUAUAACUUAGUAAUAUGGCAUAUGUAACGAUUAAGCGAUGUAUUGUAUGAUAUACGCGUUAGAGAAAAGUGCAAUAGAAUCGCGGGCUGCGGGCUCGAUUGUGGCGUAUGUACCACAGUACCAAUCUAAAACACUAAAUGGAAUCAUUCCUUUAUAGUCAAUAUUUGAUUUUUUAUACAUAUAUCGCACUAUGUCAAAUGCAAUAACUCCAAAAUUGCAAAUUUAAAGGAAAACGACUCUAAUAGUGAAGCUUUAAAGUAUGUUAUUACAAAAUCUUAUAUUUUAGUUAAUGUAGUUUAUUAAGCACCCUUAUAAGUAUAAUUACGAUUAAAGGGUGCAUUUCAA